AUGUCUUUCCACCGCCGUCGAAAUCAGCCGAGAUCGGGAACCCCCUUGUUCAGGAGGAUCGCUUCGUCCAAGUCACUCUUUCACGCUCUGCCUCUUUUGCGGCUCUUUACGAACCUCAAGGUACUCAACAUCAGGUUCGACGAGGUCGACCAUUGCUCCCUCUACGACGGGGAGAGUGAAUCUAUCAGACCUCAAGAACUCCGCUACUAUACCUUGAUCAUUGUGUUUAAGUGCCUGCUGGGCACGUGGUCUGGGGAAUGGCAGAAGCAGCUUGAGGUCGAGCUCAAAAUCCGCGAGCAAGGCGAUGAAGCAAUCGUCGAACCGGCCGACACGCAGCCCACUAUUCCCAUCAAGCUGAAGACGCUUACGAUAUCACGCAUCGAUGCUUAUGAUGAUACUCGUCUCACCUCUUCAAGGGAUUUCCACCAAGUCAUCGAGUCGCCGAAUCUGCGGGAAUUGAAAAUGUUUACUAACGAGAACCUUAUGAAGUCUGAUGACGAAACGGGCAGAUACACUUUCUUUGAGUGUCUGCCAAUGACCUGGCUAAAUCCCCGGAUUGCCCAGAACCUGCGAACACUGUCCCUCUACACCUCAGACUAUUGGGGUUGGGAUCCCAAGAUGGAUUUCCGCCAGGCCAAUCCCGGUUCCGCUUCAAGCUUCCCGAAUCUGAAAGUUCUAGCUCUUGGAAACUACGUGUUCAGCCACCAAUGGCAGGUCGACUGGCUUGCAUCUCUCGGUUCGGACAACGGCGACGGGGGCUUUCGAGAGCUGUAUCUUGAUGAUUGCCCAAUCAUGUGGUUUGCGCGCUCUUGGAAGCCUUUGGAUACUACUGUUACAGUCUGUCUGACGUCCGACGGAGACCAGGUGCGUUUUUCUAAUGAUGGAUAUUCUCGAAAAGAAGACGUGAUCUCGGGGGGAGACGACCUGCAGCUGGGCUACACUGAGACUCCUUUCGGCCUUCGAUGA